GGCGUCAGAGUUGAAAAGAGUGUCGGCUCAGUUAGGAGGGACUCAGUGUGUCUACAGCAGGGUAGCAGAUCAAUGUCAGGAUUCACACAAUGUCAAACUGUAUAUCUUUGUAUCGUUUAGAUUUUAUAUAGGGGAAUGUUAAGUUAAGGUAAUUUGUCUUAUUUGUUUUCAUAAUGAUGAAUUUAUCUGUUUAUUGUUAUUGCCAUUAAUUCUGUUGUGUGUGUGAUUAAUGCUUUAGCUUUACAAAUCUAUCACAUAAUAACUAAUAUUAGUUUAUCUACUUCAUAAUGUUAUGAUUGCUUAAUGAACCAAAUGAAGGAUUAUGGUAAACUCUACUCAGGUUUCAUAUUUUGCACUUGUUGCCUAUUUUGACACUGGGGUUUUUAAAUACUUUUAUUUCAUGAUUGUCAUGUCUCUAUAUAUUUUAACUGUUUGUGCCAAUGUUUUGCUCAUCGUGGUUAUCUGUAUGAACAGAAGCUUACAUGAGCCUAUGUACCUUUUUCUGUGCAGCCUGUUUGUAAAUGAGCUGUAUGGUAGUACAGGGUUGUUUCCUUUGCUCCUGGUCCAAAUUCUCUCUAAAGUUCACACUAUUUCUGCUUCCUUUUGUUUCCUGCAGAUUUUCUGUGUACAUUGUUAUGGGAGUGUACAAUAUUUCACCUUAGCCGUCAUGUCUUAUGACAGAUACCUUGCUAUCUGUUAUCCUCUACAAUAUAACACACGUAUGACAUCCAGCAAGGUUGCAAUCCUUACUGUGUUCGUAUGGUUAUACAGUGUACUUACAACUGUUGUCAUUAUGUCUUUGAGUGUCCCUUUACAGCUGUGUGGGAACACGAUUCAAAAAGUGUACUGUGACAACUACUCCAUCGUUAAACUGGCAUGCUCUGACACCACAGUCAACAACAUUUAUGGAAUUGUUUACAUGUUUACAGUAAUCUUUGCUCUUCUAAUUUUAAUCCUUUACACUUACAUUAAGAUUCUCAAAGUUUGUUUUUCUGGUUCCAAACAGACGAGACAAAAAGCUGUCAGUACCUGCACACCUCACCUUGCUUCCCUGCUCAACUUCUCUUUUGGGGCCUUCUUUGAAAUAGUGCAGAGCAGAUUCAAUAUGAGCAGUUUACCCAUUAUGUUGCGCAUUUUUUUAUCAUUAUACUGGCUUACAUGCCAGCCGCUCUUCACCCCUGUACUGUAUGGACUGAACAUGUCCAAAAUCCGCAUCAUAUGCAAAAGUCUUGCUUUUGGUAAAAUGAUGUAGAAUACUUACUGUAUGUCAUCUGUCGUCUAACAAAUUUAUACAUACGUUUUUCUCUAAAAUUCUGGAUGUGAGGAGGGCUUAUAGGCUAUGGCUUCAGCGUACACCUUUUCACUCAUUGCUAUAAUCUUUAUAUUGUGAAUCAUUAUUUUGUCGCUGUUUAAGCACAUAUGUACAUUUUUAUGUACAGUUUUGUUUUACUAUUUAUUUUACUUUUACUAUAUUUCUUUACAGAAGAUUGAACAGUUUCUUGAACAAGUCUUUAACAUUACUCUAGAAAAUAUGUUAGAAAACGUGUGGUAGUCUUCCCUUAUGCACAAGUCUUAAUUCAGAACAGAUGUUGCAUGUGAGCGCACAUGAGAGUCCUACACAGGUUUCAUCCUUGUUAUAACUGACUGCACUUUGGGCAAAUUGAAUUUCAUUUAUAAUCCAUAUUAAUUAGAUUUGUUGUUUCUGUUUUCAAAGGUAAGAUUAGCAAUAAGUAGUGCAGUGACUCCUCCUGCAGUCAAAACAAUACUUUGUUUUUGAUACUUUGUUUUGUUUAGUUUGUGAAGGGGGAUUUUUUGAAUUGUGGUAGCAACACCGAGGUCUCAGCUCUGAUGGAUGGAUCAGAACUUUACCCCUGCAGUGAUGUUGCUAGGUACGCGUCCUGUGUCUCUAAAAUCUGAAAAUGCUACAUUGCGAACAACAAAUACGUGUUUAAAUCAUAUAAAUAAAGAAACCUAGCUGUCAAAAAAA